AUACUACGAUGCUCUUGAGAAAGGCUACAGAUCCAUAUUAUGUCAGUGUUUCUUGGAACAGAGAUUUGAUGAGGAUGAAGUUGAGUUUAGUGCGUUUAUCAUGUGUUGUGUGGACUACGAUGGUGACGAUGAUAUUAUUAUUAUUAUUAGAUUGUGAGCUGAGCGGGAGGGCAUUAGGUUGCACGGAAGAUGAGAGAGUUGGGUUGCUUAACCUCAACGCCGCCGUCCCCUUCCCGAAUCCCUCGUGGCAGGCCGAUCACGAAGAUUGCUGCCGAUGGAAGGAAAUUAAGUGCAGCAAUGUUGCCAAUACUAUGCGGGUGACAGAGCUCUACCUCAAUUACACAAUUUAUCAGAUGGCGUCUCUUCAUGAUGCAUCCUGGUCUCUUAAUGCAUCCUUGUUCCUUCCUUUAGACAAAUUACAAGUCCUCGACCUAAGCUGGAAUGCCCUUGCAGAUAUUCAUGCAGGUUUUACAAACACCUUGAGGUUGAAGAACCUACAAUCACUAGAUUUAAGUUACAAUCACCUCAAGCAAGUCCCCAACUUGGAUGGGCUACCUUCUCUCAAGGAGAUCUCUUUAGGUGGUAAUUCACUAGAGAAUUUGAAUCAACUUAAAGGGUUGAAGCUGGAGGCACUUGAUGUUUCGGAAAAUGAUCGAUUGAGCAUCCAGGAUGAGCUCUCGAUCAUUUGGAAUAUGACAUCUCUUAAAUACCUGUCAAUGGAAUGGAAUAAUCUGAAUGACUCAAUAUUUGAAGUUUUUACGAACACCUUGAAAUUGAAGAACCUACAAUCACUAUAUUUAAGUGGCAAUGACCUGAAGCAAGUUCCGGACUUGGAUGGGCUACCUUCUCUCAAGGAAAUAUAUUUAAGCGUUAAUAGCCUAGAGAAUUUGAGUCAUCUUAAAGGGUUGAAGCUGGAGGUACUUGAUCUUUCGCUGAAUCAACUAAAUGACUCGACAUUUGAAGGUUUUACGAACACCUUGAGGUUGAAAAGCCUACGAUCACUAGAUUUAAGCGACAAUCACCUGAAGCAAGUCCCAGACUUGGAUGGGCUACCUUCUCUCUCGGAUUUAUACUUAAGUGAUAAUUCACUGGAGCACUUGAAUCAUCUUGAAGGGUUGAAGGUGGAGGUACUUGAUCUUUCAAGGAAUGAUUUGAGCAGCGAGGAUGUGCUCUCGAUCACUUGGAAUAUGACAUCUCUUAAACACCUGUCAAUCGGAUCGAAUAAUCUGAAUGACUCAAUAUUUGAAGGUAAAACAAGCUUGUGUGAAUUGACGGGCCUUGAGGAGUUGGAUAUUAGUGGAAAUGAUUUCGUGGGCAGCAUCCCACCUUGCCUUUCCAACAUGACCUCCCUCUAUACACUCGGCCUUUCUGAUAACCAUUUCGGAGGUGCCAUUCCACCUUCCCUCUUCUCUAGCCACAGGUCUCUUGAAUAUAUAUCUCUUUCCGGGAACGCUUUUGAAGGCUCGUUUUCACUCGCUUCAUUGGCUAACAACUCUAAGCUCAAAGUGUUCGAACUUAGAGGUAACAGUCAUAGACUGACACUGGAAACAGGGGAUGCUCCACGGGCUUUGUCACAUCAGUUAAGCCACUUCCUCCUAUCAAACUGCAUUUUCGACGAACCACAUGGCUUUGUCCCCAGUUUUCUAAUGCAGCAGCAUGACCUGGUAGCACUUGAACUCAGACACGCCAACAUAGGCGGACAGUUCCCGAGUUGGUUACUGGAGAAUAACACAAAGCUACGAGUCUUCAAUCUUAUGGACAACUCUUUCUCUGGUAACUUAAACAACUUGAAUUCCAGUCUCUUCAAUUAUGAAAUGCUGAAGAUCGAUGUGUCCUCCAAUUCUAUCGAAGGAGAGCUCCCUUCUUACUUCGGUUCCAUCUUUCCAAGACUAGAGUUUUUAAACAUGUCCAGGAAUUCCAUCAAAGGCAGAAUUCCUUCCUCACUUUGCCCCACGUUGACCCAAAGGUUGUGGUCUGUAGACUUGUCGAGUAACAAAUUCGUAGGAGAGCUACCGGAGCAACUAAUGCAUUGUCAAUCACUACAGGAAUUGAUUUUGUCAAACAAUAGUUUGAGCGGCCAUGUACUACCAAGAGCAGCAAACUUGUCAAUGUUGUUUCAUCUAUCUUUGGCCAACAAUCGGUUCUCUGGGGAGUUUUCAUCGUGGAUGCUCAAUAGCACUUUCUUACGUAUGUUAGACUUGAGCAACAACAAAUUUUCAGGACCUAUACCCAAUUGGAUUGGAGGCUUUCAAGGACUAUCUGUCCUUAUACUGGCAGGUAAUUCCUUUAGGGGCACCUUGCCGUUGAGCUUUUGCAAGCUGGAACUUGAGUACUUGGACCUCUCCCGUAAUGAUCUCGGUCCCAGCAUGCCUUCCUGUAUCAAUGCCUCAAGAAUAACACACUUGCAUUUAGAAAGAAUCAACCUUAGAGGACCAUUACCAGAAUUUCUUCAUGAUGCUUCAUCAAUGGUGACAUUAGAUCUUCGCAACAAUGCAUUGUCAGGUGUCAUUCCAUCUUGGCUUGGUUCUCUCUCAGAAUUGAGGGCUCUCUUGUUGGCAGGAAAUAGUUUUGAAGGUCUAAUACCAGAUGAAUUGUGCCAACUUCGCAAUGUAAGCAUGAUGGAUCUCUCUCACAAUUAUUUCUCUGGAAGGAUUCCUUCAUGUUUCGAUAAAUUGGCAUUUGGGAAUUAUUCACAAGCUCCUGAUGGAACAUUUGAAAUACCCGAUUCUAUUGUUUGGGGGGAGGGUCAAUAUUAUGGUGAGAAAACACCUAUAUUUAAUGACAUUUAUAGGGUGAAUAUUCGGAACCGUCCUGAAGAAGUGCAGUUCACGUCAAAGUAUAGACAUGAAUCAUAUACAGGUGUGGUGUUGGAACACAUGUCCGGGCUGGACCUCUCUUGCAAUAAUCUGUCCGGCUCCAUUCCCCUCCAGGUCGGCUAUUUGGGUGAGAUCCAUUCCCUGAAUCUCUCGUACAAUAAUCUGACUGGAUCAAUUCCAGCUACAUUCUCUAAUUUAGACCAAAUAGAGUGCCUAGACCUCUCUCACAAUAGUUUAAGUGGCGAGAUACCGCUUCAAUUGAUGGAGCUCAAUAGUCUAUCGACAUUCAGCGUCUCUUACAACAAUUUGUCGGGCAGGACACCUGAGCAGAAAAAGCAAUUUGGGACUUUCACGAGAGAGAGUUACAUAGGUAAUCCCUUCCUAUGCGGGCCACCAUUGGGGAGUUGCAACAGUUCGGAGGGAUCAGUAUUAACACCACCACCUUCGCCAGAGCAUCAAGAGGACUCCUUCAAAAUUGCCUUCGCCUGGAGCUUUGCCGGAUCAUAUGCCGUGGCAUUUCUUGGAACUGUCUUAUUCCUCUACCUCAGCUCUUACUAUAGGACUCUCUUCUUUAAUUUCAUCUAUAGGCACGUCCCCUACUUUCAUUGAUUGGCUUAUCUAUGUACUGAAUGAGAGAGAUUCCCAAAGUGUAUGGCCUCUCAAAUGUCGAUGUUUCUUUUUAUGUAAACCGGUUACAACUGAUUUUUAAUGGUUCGGUUAUAUUAUGAUUAUGGUUGGUCAUUGAAUUCGAACUGAA